ACUCUAAAUACGCACUUUUUUGGCUUUGUGCCAAGUUUCAACCCGUCAGACUCACAUUGCUAAUAUUAUAUGAAUCUGGGAACGAAAACACUGCUUGCUAUCUUUUCUACUUCUUUCAGGACAUCUGUACGCUUCUAUUACAGCAAUAUCAGAACAAUGAAGUCGGUGACGCUAUCACAAACAAACGAUUCUAUGCCAACCAUAGGGUUAGGGACUUGGCAGUUGCAGGCACCUUCUAAUGUAAUUGAGCCAACAGUGCUGAAGGCUUUGGACUUGGGAUACAGACACAUAGACACAGCCUUUAACUAUAACAAUGAAGAAGCUAUUGGUACCGCUGUGACCGAAUGGAUAAAUAGUGGAAAAGGUUCUAGGAAGGAUUUGUUCAUUACAACCAAGCUCCCACAUGUCGGCAACAGGGCAUCGGACGUUAGAAAAUUUGUAGAGCUGCAACUUAACAAGUUGAAUAUGGACUACAUAGAUCUCUACCUUAUCCAUGUGCCAUUCGCCUUCGUGUGCGACCCGGAGACUCUCACACCAGUUGUCAACAGCGAUGGAGACUAUGAGCUGGAUGUUACUACUAAUCAUAGUGAAAUAUGGAAGGUAAUGGAAGAAUGCCAGCGAGAAGGCCUAAUCCGAAACCUAGGCCUGUCCAACUUCAACGAAGACCAAAUCAAGAAGAUCAUGGACAAGGCCUCGGUGCUGCCACAGGUUCUUCAAGUGGAGCUCCACGCGUCGUUCCAGCAGCAGCAGCUGAGGAAGUUCUGUGCUGACAAUAAUAUCGUGGUGACGGCCUACGCCCCGCUGGGAAGCCCGGGGGCGAAGGAUCAUUUCGUGAAUAAGUAUAAGUAUAGCCCCGAUGCUUUCCCCGACAUUCUUGGGGACCAAAUCGUCAAGGAGGUCGCCGAUAGACACGGGAAGACUCCGGCGCAAGUGUUGCUACACUUUCUUGUGAAGCAGGACAUAGUUGUCAUACCGAAGAGCACCAGCGAACACAGAUUGAAGGAAAAUAUGGAUAUAUACGACUUCGAAUUAUCCGAAGAAGACAUGAACCGUCUCAAGGAACUGGACAAAGGCGAAGAAGGCCGCAUAUUUAACUUCCUCUUCUGGAAAGGAGUAGAAAAACAUCCCGAAUACCCUUUCAAACUCCCACCUCAAGUAAUCAAAGAAUAACUGACGGUUUUCGAAAACAUACGGGUCCGAUGGCUCAAUAAUCUAGUCAUUUCUACCUCUUCUAUAUGGAGACCAGUAUUAUCGUUCUAGGAGGCUGCUAGCUAGUAUUUUAGCAAUACCAUGUGAUCCCGAUCAGUGUAACUGAUGUAAAAAUCUAUUUAUGCUGUGAGCAUGUCAUUGUUUGCCUGUGCAUUAGGUGCUAUUGAAUAAAAGCAAAUUUAUAAAA